AAAACCAAGGAGAGGAGCCUGCAUUGUUACAGAGUCACACCAUGGCCACUAAAGUAGAGAUAAGGGUGAACGGGCACCAGUCAGAGAUGGCAGCCGCAAAGGAACACUCGCUGGCAGUCACUCGGGAUUACAUUUCACACCCCAGGCUAUGUUACAGGACAGUGUGUGGAGUGAAUGGACCAUUGGUUGUGUUGGACAAUGUGAAGUUUGCCCAGUACGCUGAGAUUGUGAACUUCACGCUCCCAGAUGGCACCAUCAGAAGCGGCCAAGUGCUGGAGGUAUCUGGUACCAAAGCGAUUGUGCAGGUGUUUGAAGGCACAUCUGGGAUCGAUGCCAAGAAAACAACCUGCGAGUUCACAGGGGACAUCCUGAGGACACCUGUUUCUGAGGACAUGCUGGGCCGUGUUUUUAACGGUUCUGGGAAGCCAAUUGACCGCGGCCCUACUGUAAUGGCAGAGGACUUUUUAGACAUCAACGGGCAGCCAAUUAACCCUUUUGGAAGAACGUAUCCUGAGGAAAUGAUUCAAACAGGAAUCUCCCCCAUUGAUGUCAUGAACAGCAUUGCCAGGGGGCAAAAGAUCCCCAUCUUCUCAGCAGCAGGUUUACCCCACAAUGAGAUUGCGGCUCAGAUUUGCAGACAAGCGGGUCUGGUGAAGAAAUCUAAGGAUGUGAUGGAUUAUCAUGAGGACAAUUUUGCCAUUGUGUUUGCAGCCAUGGGUGUAAACAUGGAAACAGCCAGAUUCUUCAAGUCAGAUUUUGAGGAGAAUGGAUCUAUGGACAAUGUGUGCCUCUUCUUGAAUCUUGCCAAUGACCCAACAAUUGAAAGAAUCAUCACGCCUCGCCUGGCCCUCACUGAGGCAGAAUACCUGGCCUAUCAGUGUGAGAAGCAUGUCCUGGUUAUACUGACAGACAUGAGCUCUUAUGCUGAAGCUCUACGUGAGGUAUCAGCAGCUCGUGAAGAGGUCCCUGGCAGACGCGGCUUCCCCGGAUACAUGUACACUGACUUGGCCACCAUCUAUGAGCGCGCUGGCAGAGUGGAAGGCAGGAGUGGCUCUAUCACACAGAUUCCCAUCCUAACCAUGCCCAAUGAUGAUAUCACACAUCCCAUCCCUGACUUGACUGGAUUCAUUACAGAAGGACAGAUCUAUGUGGACAGACAACUUCAUAACAGACAGAUUUAUCCACCAAUCAACGUGCUCCCUUCUCUGUCCCGUCUCAUGAAGUCAGCUAUUGGAGAAGGGAUGACAAGAAAAGACCACGGGGAUGUGUCUAAUCAGCUGUAUGCCUGUUACGCCAUUGGGAAAGAUGUCCAAGCUAUGAAAGCCGUUGUUGGUGAAGAAGCCUUGUCCUCAGAUGAUCUCUUGUAUCUGGAGUUCUUGCAGAAGUUUGAGAAGCAGUUCAUAGCACAAGGAGCCUAUGAGAACAGGACAAUAUUUGAGUCCCUAGAUAUUGGUUGGCAGUUGCUUCGAAUUUUCCCCAAGGAGCUUCUGAAACGAAUUCCGGAGUCCAUGCUGGCGGAAUUCUACCCUCGUGAUUCCAGACCACAAGGCGAAGGAACCACUUCCACCAAGAAGCCAUGAAAAUGUUCACUAACAAUUUGCAUCAAAUGUCUAUAAGACAAAACCAAUAACCUUAAAACAUUAUAUUUAUUUUGUAAAACAGGAUUUAUGUAUAAGUCAAAUUAAUUAAUAAAAUCUUCACAAAGUGAAAGAUCCAAA